AUGUCCGAGCGCUGUGAGCGUGAUUCAAGUGAGCUACCCACCGGUUCAGAUGCCACAGUUAUUCUUGAGCGGACCCUGAGUCUGAGAUCUGUCAUCUCUACAACUUCGUCUUUCAGCCAGCUGGUCCAGACCGCGCGGAACCGACCGCACCUCCAGCAGAUAAAUCAGAUCGGAGCUGGCUCACAAGGUGUUGUCUUCGAACGGGUUGGAAAAGACUCAGUCCUGAAGAAGGAGAGACCGGGAAAUGAGAUCCUAUCCUCAAAUUUGACAAAGGAGUAUACAGUCCACCGCCAGGUUUCGGCGGCAUUUGAUCAUUACCAGCCUCUCACGAAAUGCGAAACCACAGUGCCUAGGGUAUUGCGCUUCAUUCCCAAGACAGGGGAAGAUCCAUUCUGGGAGGAGUUGUUGCCAAAGCUUCCAGGGGAGUACCGCACUCGAGAUAACUCUGUGCUCAUGCAGCGUAUUCUGCCUCUACCGAAAGUCGUUCGUCGCGCGCUGAUCCACCGGUUUAUCACUGCGGAUAUUCCACAAGCAUCGACGCUGCUCGCAGAUCCCACAAACAAGCACUGCCUCGCCAGAGUGUACCUUGGAAAAGCAAAUGGUACUCGGAGCCACGAGUCUCCCCUGAGAAACUUUCCUUUAUACCUCGACGACAUGAAGCAAAUCGGAAUCGACACUAUCGAGCUUGCUAGCGCUCUUGGUAAAGCAUACGCCACAUUACACUGGGGCGCUGGAGUCAACGGAGAUGACAUUGAGUUUGUCUUGGGGACCACAGCUGAACAAGCAGUGUGCGGACGCCAACCGCACCAAGACAGAGCCAUCGGUCUGUUCUUCCUUGACUUCGGUCAGUGUGACAUCGUCGACCUAAGUCAGGAAAGUGGAACUGUUUAUCAGGCUUUCAAAGGAGCGAUGGUGACCGGGGAUAACCAGCAUUUUAUCCCACACGCGAACCAACCUGAGUUUCUUGCUGCUUUCAAGAAGGGAUAUUCUGCAGCGGGAACAAUAAUUCUUGGCGACAAGCGCCUUGACUCCAAAUUCGACAUAAAGGAGUUUAUACAGCAAUACGAAGAGUACGCCGAAGAUUUUCUUUCUUAG